UUUGAAAAUAACUUUGCCCUGCUCAUUGUUUUGAAGUAAAAGCUGAAAAUAUAUUUUUAUAAUUAUAGAUGAAAAACAUAUGAUGUUUUUGUUCUCUACAGGAAGGAAGAAACAGAAGCUUGCCAAAGAGAGAGCAGGGCUUUCCAAGCUCCCUGAUCUAAAAGAUGCUGAAGCUGUGCAAAAAUUCUUUCUUGAAGAAAUCCAGCUUGGUGAGGAAUUACUAGCACAAGCAUUUGCAGUUUACUUCUACAAGGCAAACAAAGAAACAUUCUGCACCAAAAGCACUUUUUUUUUUUUAAAAAAAGGAACCUUUUGUCAUGUAGGUGAAUACGAGAAGGGUGUCGACCACUUGACAAAUGCCAUUGCUGUGUGUGGACAACCACAGCAGUUAUUACAAGUUUUACAGCAGACUCUUCCUCCACCAGUGUUCCAGAUGCUUCUUACUAAGCUCCCAACAAUUAGCCAGGGCUGUUUCUCUGGUUUCACUAGGAAGGCAAAAAAUCAUUGCUAAUACAAAAUAAGUGAUUAUUUUUCCCACUGAAACGUGCCGGGGAUAGAAUUGUAAGUGCACAGAGCUUAGCUGAAGAUGAUGUUGAAUGAGAUCAUGCCACACCAGAGAAAAAUUAGUGAUUUCAUACCCCAGAAGAUGAGCAUCAGUGGGGGGAUAAAGAGGGCAAACAUCGUAGUUAAUGGACUAUGUACUACAUUGAAUCUACCAGAGUUAAUCUUUAACUUUGGAUAGGUGGGUCUGGCUGGAUUUUAUUUAUUUAUCCCAGUGAAAAGUGUAUUUUGAUUAAAAAAAAAAAAAAAAAAAAAAAAAAAAAAAUUCAUUUUAUAAAUACACUGUGUUGAGUUAUCAAAGUGUCACUAACUUCAUUACUAUUAAAAUAUGCAGAUGUAAUGUUGUACAUAGAAAGGUAUAAAACUACUACGUAUUAAAUACCCAAUGCUCAUUUUUGAAAAACAAAGUGAAGGCAAUAAAGAUUUAUCUGCACCUGUA